AUGGACCUGGUGCGGAAACUCAAGCGGCGAUUGCGCAGCAUUGGCGGCGCGAGUGGAAUCACCGCGACAACCGGCGCGGGGGGGAGCUCCGCGGAAUGCGCGGGUGACUGGCCGUCUGGCGUCAUCAGCAAGUCCUUCUCCGUUGAAUGCGGCGCUCCUCACGCUGGUCCAAACCCGUUGCUAGGAGCAACACACUCACAUGCUCGUCCAGUCCCAAAGAAUCACAGCAGCAAUGCUACUAGUGAUAGCCGCCUACAGGGGAAGGAGCUCCAGCUCGAAGCUUCUGGCGUGACUAUUUCGGAAGAAGAGGACCGGCGGCAACGGUCAUCAAAGCCACCGAGGCAAACGCAGCGCGCGGUAUCGCAGCAGCAACGGGACGCUGGAGCGGGAAAAACAGGCCAGCGUUACCGCGCCGACGAAUUCGCCGGCGACGCCGGCGAAUCCGGCGCAGAUCACUCACGGGGAUCGAGGAGCGACGCGGAAGACUGCGGGUCGGACGAAAUCAAGGGUGAUGAUUUGCAGCGGCGGCACACGUGGCAGGUUCAGGCGCAGCGUCACGCGUCCGACGUCGCCGCUGCAGCGGCCUUGCCAGAGUCCGCGAAAGCUUUCGCAAACAACCGCCACUCUAGUAGCGACCGUAACGACGACUUUCCGUAUGAUUUCGCGCACUCUGCGAGCUUCGCGGCGUCGGGGACUCUGCCAGGGACCGGUGCAGCCCUGCCGCCGCGACUCACGGAAGCGCAGCUGCUGCUUAUACAGGCGGCGCAGCAUGCAAGCAGCAGCGGGUUGGCGAUCGAUUGGGCACGUCAGCAGCAGCAGCAACACCGGAAAGUGACCGAGUGGCUAGGAACGCUGUCGGACCCAGUCGACCCACUCACCGAAACUCCGUUCGCUAACGCGGAACUGCAACAGGAAGCGAGUGCGUCUAUAGCGAAUCAUGAGGCUGCCGCAGCACUGCUAGCGGCGGGUCGCGUGCCUCGCGUCGCCGCAUGCGUUUCGCCUUCUGAUUCUGACGGGCGCGCCGCGUCGCUCAACCCGCCGGCUGACGGAGACAUGCUGGCGACGGUCAACCGGCAACUAAAGCUGGAUUGCGCGGGCAGUCCGUCUGGAACGCCGAGUCCUGGAGUGCCAAGCCCGCGCGGCGUGAUAUUGCGGGGCAGCGGUGGCACGGGAAGCAGCGGGGACGGGGAAGAGGCGGAAAACGAUCGGCGGAAAGCGAACGGGCGGAGAGAUUGCGAAGCUAGUAAAGCGGAAGCGAGGGGUGAUUGGGCCCCAGGUUGCGAGCGGACGGCACAACGAGAUUGCAAGGGGAGCGGUAGCGACGGCGACGGCAGCGAGUGCGGCGGCGAUCUUGAGUGUGGUUCGCGCAGCGGCAAGUGGGGAGCAGACGAUGCUGUCUGCAAAUCAAAGCAGCCGGGAGCGAUCGACAGCGCGUCGCUAACAAGCGUGCGCGUCGCGUAUAAUCAGCUCGUGGCGACCCGCCAGUCGGAGCAGGUGCGCGGGGCGAGGGCGCUGCGGGACCUGGCGCGGGAGAGCGACGCGGUGCGGAGCUCAAUCGUGGCCGUCGGCGCAAUCCCCGCGCUCGUGUCGAUCGUGAAUCUCGCCGCGACUGCGCCUCACGUCGCCGCCACCCGCGACACCAGCGUCGCGUCGCUUAUCCUCGAUGGCGGAGGCGGCGCGGCGACGGAAACUGGCGCGCCGCUCGGCGGUACUAGACUUAAUUCCGCUUCGUGCGAGGAAGGCGGAAAUGAAGCGACAGCGCAGGGAGGCCGCGAGCGCGCCUUGACUAGCCCGUUAGUGGACUACUCGAUAUCGUGUCUGGUGAAUCUGAGCAUCACUCGCGACAUGAAGGCCACCAUCUGCCAGGCGGGCGCCGUCCCCCCGCUCAUCCGCCUCAUGUGCUCCGCGCGCUCGCCCUCGUGCGCGCCCGCGUGCGCCUGCUGCGCGCCCACGUCCGCGUCCACGCGCGCGAACGCGGCAGUGGCGCUGCUGUCGCUGUCAAAGCUGAGCGACGCUACGAGGCUGCACAUGGCUUACUCGGGUGGCGUCGAAGCUCUCGUCCACUUCCUCUCGGAUUCUCCUUCUGACGCUCCUGAUUGCCCCGCUGCAGCUUCUGGUGCGCCUGCUACUGGUGGGUUGCAGGGCAGUGGCAGCAGCAAGAGUUGCAAGGGGCGGAGGGAGGCGGCAGCAGCGCUACAGAGCCUCGCAUCUGUCCCAGCAGUGCGGCCACGGCUGGUGCACGCAGGAGCCGUGCCGCUGCUACUCGAACUUGUCGGCCAUGCUGCGGCCUCGCACCUCACAUGCAGCAGCAGAUCGCGCGGUGCAGAGAGGAGGACGCAGCGGACGAGCCGCACGGAGGAUGACGCAGUGGCUACUGCCGAGCGGGCGCUGGCAGUGUUGGCGUUGCUUGCGGAGAGUGAGGAGGGCAGAGCGGAGGUGCAGCGGAGAGGGGGGAUGGAGGCGCUGGUGGGGGUGGUGCGCGCGGGUGGACCCACAGGGACGUGUGUGGAGCGAGCGAUAUCAGGGCUGACAGCUAUGGUGGGAGGGAGCCUGAAUUGCAGAUGGGAGGUGGCAAGGAUUGGUGUGGAAGGGGCAGUGAAGGAGGUGGCUAUCCAUGGAAGCGGGAAAGCCAAGGUUAAGCCACACCCGCCCCCUCCCAUACCAUCACUCUUCAAACCCUCUGACGUCACGAAUCCUCCAUGCCCUAAUCUCGCACCCAAGGCGCUCCGGCCAGCCAGCUAUGCAGUUGUUGCCGUCUCGCACCCAGCUUUAGGAAUUAAGAUGCUUGCUGCCAAGCCUCACCUGCUCGUAGGCUCAUUUUUGGCGCGGAUCUGCCGCGCGUGCAAUCCCGCGGAUGUCACCCCCUUUUCCGCGGAACUGCGCGAGCAGCUGACUGCGCCGACCGCCAGGCGAGUAUCGGCGGACUUCUCGAUUGGGCUGGCAAUGAUGUGCGAGCUGCAGGAUAGGCGGAAGGAAGGCCAGGCGGAGGGGGAGCAGGGGGGCGCGGCGGGGCGGGCACAGGCGGUGGGGGAGAGGUCGGGGGGCGCGGAAGACGCCGCAGCUGCUGCACAGUCCUCCCCUCCUUCCCACCCGCCCUUCUGCUCCCCCACCCCUCUCCCGUGCUUUUCCUUCGUGCUGCAGCAGCCAGACCAGGCCGCUGCUGCAACCGCAGACUCUGCUGACCCUAGAGCGCAGCCCGAGCAUGCAGGGGACGCAGCUGCCGCCGCUGCAGGUGCCCCGGGAUUAGCCCAGGCUGGUCCAGACAGGGAGGCAAGCCAAGAUAUGGGGCAGGGGGAGGGGGAGGGGGAGGGCGAGGAUGCGGUAGGUGCACUGGGGACCUCCCCAGUAGCUACCCGCCCCUUGGAAAACGGCGAAGGGGGAAGAUUUCCGACAGAGGCGCUGCUGGGAAACGGGGAGCGAGAGGGGCGGAAUGGGGAGGGAGCGGAGGAUGGGGAGGGGUUGGGGUUGCAAGGAGUGGACGCUCGGGGGGGGAUAGUGAAGGAUUUUCACGUUGUGGGCCCGGAUAUUCUCAACUCCGCGUGGCGGAAGCGGAAACGGCUGGAAGAGCUGGGGGAUGUGGGCGCAGCGGAGAAGAGGAGAGAUGGGGCGGGAGAUGGGGGGGCGGGGCUUGAGGCGGGCGGGGAGGAAGCGGGGGAGAGUGGGGACGGGCGCGAGGGCGUGGCGGCGAGUGGUAUAGAAGCUGUCUUGAACGGUGGUAGGAAGGGAGUAGGUGGAGGGAAGGAUGGUGCGGAUGGGAGGGAUGGGGAGGAGGGUGUUGAGGAUGGUGGUGCAGCGGUAGCUGAGGAAAAGAAGAGUGGUGAUGGAGGAGUGGGAGAGAGAGAGGUUGCAACGGCGGGGGAAGGGUAUAAGAAGGCGGGGGCGUCGCAAGAAGUUGGUGUGAAGGCGGAUGGGGAAAAGGGCGAGCAGACGGAGGAGGGGAAGUGCGAAGGCGAGGUGAAGGACGGGGGUGGAGAAGGGAUUGUGGGCGUGAAGCAAGAGGCAUGUGCUGCUGAGAGUGCGAGUAAGAGAGUUUCUGUGCGAAUGGAGGAAGAUACAGGUCGUACUGUGGCUGGAAGCAGCAGCGAGACGGAGGUUUCUGCAGGGACGAAGGAAAGGCAAUCUGUGGCAGCGGCAAUGGUUCAAGUGAACGUGUUUACAGACGGAAGCGGAGGAGGUGCUCGUGCUGGUGGGGAGCUGGUACAGGUGGUGGUUCAAGAGGCUGUAGGGAGUCACGUGGAGUUUGAAGAGAAGGCGGUGGAAGGGGGAAAAGCGGAGGAGAUGAGUGGGAGGGAUGCUGGUGAGAAGGAGGAGGAGGCGAGGGGCAGGGAUGGGAGGGCGAGGUUGGAGCAGCGGCCGGCGAUUGAGAUACUGGGAGCGGUGAGAGUGCAGGGCGCGGGCGGGUGGGUGAAAGCCCCUGCAGCUGCCUCCGCUGCUGGUGCUGUGGCGACGGUUGCUGCUGCUGGUGUUGCUGGUGCUGCUAGCUCUGGUGCUGGCGGCGCUGCUGGUGCUGGCGGCGCUGCUGGUGCUGGCGGUUCUGGUGCUGAUGGUGUGGCGUUUUCCCGUGAGUCUGGUCAAGGGGAGGAGAGGCAGACGCGGUCGAGUGCAGGGAAGGCAAAAGAGCCGGAGAGGGAAGGGAGGGGAGAGGGAGUGAAGAGUGGCGUGCAGGCAUUGUUGCAGGGAGGGCAGAAGGGAGGGGCGGGGGAGAGGAGAGCACUGAAAGGGCUUGAGGUGCUUCAGAGGGCGCAAGGCGCGCAGGCCAGAGAGGGGGAGAGGGCGGAGAGGGCGGAGGGUGGUUCUGGGCGUGGGGUUGGGAGGGAGAGGGAGGGCAAGGGAGAAGAGAAAGGCAGUGGGGUGGAGAAGGAGAGUGAGGGGAAAGUGGGGGUGGAGGGGGCGAGGGAGAAAGGUUUGAGGGGACAAGAGGGGAAGGAGCAAGGGGUGAGGGAACAAUGGGGGAGAGAACAAGGAGCGAGGGAACAAGGGUCGAGAGAAAGCAGGAGAGGCGUGGACAAAUUGAGGGAAGGCGAAAAGAGACCUCUGUCUAGGGAGAAAGAGCUGAAAGAUGCGAGGAUGGAACGAGGGAGGAAGGAGCUGGAGAAAGAGGGGGUGGUGAUGAAGCGACCGGGCCAGAUGGGAGGCAAGGGCAAGGCAGACGCGAGGGGGGAUGUGGGAGGGCGGCAGGUGGGUGGUCCUGGUGGGCAAUCAGGAAAGAGUCCUGUGGGUGAAUCGCUUGUGGGUAUGAAAAGGAAAGCGCGGUGGGAUGGUGCUGGCGCUGACGCUAGUGAGGAGGGCAGAAAGCAGGGUGGGAAAGAGCUGCUCAGGGGGACUGGGACGGCGGCAGCAGGAGCAGCAGCAGCAGGAGGAGCAGGAUUAGGAGGAGGAGGAGCAGGAGGAGCAGGGGACGGUUCCAGGGCAGCAGGAGGUGGUGCUAGUGGUGGUGCGAGUGGUGGUGCUGCAGGCGCAGGUGGCCAACGGCCCAGCCCCAGGACGUGGAGAAAGCGAGAUUCAGAGGAGAUUUGGAAGGAACUCGGGCAGAUGGGGCUGCUGGGGGAGGGGGAUGGGGAAGAGGGAGCAGGCAGAGCGGUGCAAGUGGGAAUGAGUGUGGUGGCAGGAGGGGAGGCUGGGGGCGAGUAUGUUAAGGUUGAGUUAAGUGUGUGUGAGGGGGCGGUGCUUGGAGCAGGAGCCGUGAGGCGGGAGUUUGUGGGGGAUUUGAGGGUGUAUAAGAGGAGAAAGAUGAGUGGGAAGGGGUACAGUGCGGUGCAUGAGCAGCAAGCGGGGCAGGUUCCGGGAAGAGCGUUUCUGUAUUGGACUCGGCGUUACCAGCAGAUGCUGUUAGAGAGAGGCACGCUGCAGCUUCUGCCGGCUAGUCAGAAAGCCCUGCGCAGGGAGCAGGAAGAGCAGCAGCAGGAGCAGCAGAGGAGGAACCAGAGGCGCGUGCAGAAGCAGCAGCAGCAGGUGAGGGAGCAGGUGGAGAGGAAAGGGAGAGUGGCAGCACAGCAGCAGGCAGCGGGAGCUGCAACUGCUGCCGCCGCCGCUGCUGCUGUCCCGUCAUCCUCUCUCACGGAUCUUCUGCAGCAGCUGCAGCACACGCUAGAAGCUGAGAGGGGCCAGAUGGACGAGCAGACGCGAGAAGCCGCCAUGCGUGCUGCUGCUGCUGCCGCUGCGGCCGCCGCUGCUGCUGGUGCUGGUGGCGGUGGGAUCGCAUCUGCUGCUGCGUCGGCGCUAGCUGGCUCCUCUGGUUCGGGGUCUGCAGGGGGGUCGAUAAAUCUUGUGUCUCCCAGGGGGAUGAAAGCGACAGCAGGGGGGAAAGGUGCAUGGGGAAAGGCUCCUGGGGAGAUGGGUGGGAGUGGGGAGCAAGGAGCAGGGGUGAAUGGGCCUGAGAAGAAACGAGGAAAGGAUGGGGCAGAGGGGAGGGGUGAUGUGGUGGUGAGAUCUAGGUUGCUGCGAGGGGGGUCGGACGGUGGGGGUGGGGAGGCGGAUGAAGGGGAGAGUGUGAGAGGGAAGGGGGUGAGUGGAGGGAAGAAAGGGGUGGGACAGGAGGGACGGGUGCAAGGGCUUGGUGGGUUCAAGAGUAGCAGUUUAAGGAGGGGGGUGGGAGACGAGGGGGAUGGGGAAGAAGCGGGUAAAGGAGUGAGAAAGAAGACGGUUGGGAAGGGUUAUGAAGGGGUGAAGGAUGGAAGGGAGACAGGGAGUGGGGCAGGUGAGGGGGAAGGGGGAAUCAGCACUCGGACUAGAAGAAAGGGGCAUGGGGGUGGGGAUAGGGGCAGACAACUUGCUGUGGAGGGGCGUGGGAAAGAGCAGGGUGAGGACGAGAGCAAGGAGGGAGAGGGAGAGGAUGAUGAGAAAGAAGAGGAAGACGAGGACGGGGAGGAGGAGGAUGAGGAUGAGGAUGAGGAGGAUGAAGAGGAGGAGGAGGAGGAGGGGGAUGUGUCUUCUGAAGACUCAGCUGGGUCGGAAGUUCUGGAGGUGGGGGAGGAGGAUGAGCAAGUGGAGGUAGUGGGGGGCAGGAGCAAGGUGGAGAGGCGAGGAGUGGCCCCUGGUGGUGUGAGAGACGGGGUGAGGGAGCGGGCAGGGCAGAGGGUGCAUGGGCAGGGGGGCAGAGGGUCUGGGCCGUUGCACGCAGCAGGGAGGAGAGGAGUGGGGCCGUCAUCAGCAGCAGAGGCUCAGGGUCGGUUGUUGGAGCGCAAGGGGCUCAGGGAAGGAGACAGGCCAAAGCUGCAGGCACCCUACGAGGGACCCGUUCCCUCUCGACCAUUCAGAGCCAGCUUCCCCAAGCCAACCGGCCCUACUGCUACCACUACUGCUCCUAAACCUUCUGCGGCUUCUGCCCCUACCUCGGGGCUUGGUUCAGCGGCUGUGCCUGGUACUGCUUCUGCCCUGCUAGCGUCCUCCCAACCAAGCAUGAGAGAUCUUCUCAAAACCGCUGCCAAUGCAAAGAAGGCGCUUCUGACCUCCGCCUCUGCCCCCUCUCUACUGCCGCCUCCCAUCUUCCCUCCACCCAUCUUUCCCCCUGGCGUUCCUCCCCCUCCGCCUGGUUUCGGCCCCCCACCAACCUCGUUCGCCGCGCCGCCACUCCCUUUCCCGGCGUCUCCUUCCACUGCGUCUCCUACCGCCGCCGCCGCCGCUGCAGGUGCCUCUGCAUCUCUUUUCCCUGCCAUGCCUGCGGAUGGCCCUGAUAAUGCAAGGGGGGAGCCUGCUGGGGGUUUUCCUCCUGGGUUCAGUAUGGGCGUGGGUUUCCCCAGGCGAGUGGGCGAUGCAGGACCGGCAGGGGACGGUUUGGGUGGGAGCGGUGGUGCUGCAGGGGUUGCUGGGGAUGAGAAAGAGGGAGACGAGGCUGGAGGUGCGGGUGGUGAGGUGAGGGCAGUGGAAGGGCGAGGGGGUGCUGGUGCUGGGAUGGGCGAGUGGCAGGAGGGUGGGAGUGGGCAGGGGGAUGGGGAGGAUGGAGCGGAGGGGUGGAAGGGCAGGGGGAGUGUUGCAGGUGCAGGGGCCGUCGGUGAUGCAAGGGAUGGUGUGGCAUGGGCGGGAGGGGCAGCAGACACGGAUGGAAAAGGGGAAGAGCCAGGGAGCAGUGGUAGAAGAGGAGGGGCGGGAGGGGGAGGAGGAGGGGGUGUGGGAGGGAGUGGUGUGGGUGGUGGUAGUGCGGGUGUGGGUGCGGGGAGUGAGCUAGAGUCCGCAGUGAUGAGGGAUACGUUUGGGGGCAUGCUGGAAACGCUGUCUCGCACCAAGGAGAGCAUUGGUCGCACGACUCGGCACGCCUUGGCAUGUGCCUGCCUUGGGAUUGCAGACCAGGUGCGACUCUGCCCUGCUGUUGUUGUUGUGAAUCAUUUCUUUCUUACCCCUCUGCAGCUCAUUCAUCGUUCCUCCGCUCCGCUCCACCUUCUCUCCUCCCGCUCCACCCCUCCUUCUGCCCCGGUGAUGGAGAUGGUGGUGUCACGGCUGGAGAACGAGAUGAGCAUGCAUCGCAAGGUCGACCUCUUCUUUCUCGUCGACUCCAUCACCCAGAGCUCGCACCUCAAAGGUGGGCCGCCGGCAGUGUAUCCGGAAUUGGUGAAGGAUGCCUUGCUACGUAUCGUCACGGCUGCUGCCCCUGCGGGCCCUGCUGCUCACGAGAACCGCCGCCAGUGCAUCAAGGUGCGUUGCUGCGUGCGUCAUCCAUUUACCGCAUGCGUCAUCCAUCAAGGUUCUGCGGUUGUGGAAGCCAGGCAGGUGCUGGCAGAAGAGGUACUAGCACACUACAUAGACCAGAUUGAGGCUCGCAACCGCGACCACCAGCUCUCAGCCAUACCCUUUUCUCAUCCUUACCUGCUGCUCCCCUUCUCCUUUCUGCUUCCCCUGCAGGUUCUGCGGCUGUGGAAGCACAGGCAGGUGCUGGCAGAAGAGGUACUGGCGCACUACAUAGACCAGAUUGAGGCUCGCAACCGCGACCACCAGCUCUCAAGCACACCUGUCCCGCCCUCCUCUCACCUGCAAGCCCAAGCUGUAUCAAGAGGCGGAGCAGGGGAGAGGGAGCAGGAGGAGCAGGAGGCGAGGCCUCCAGGGCAUUAUGAUCCGCAGUUGCAGCAGCACGGGCAGGAACCGGGGCAGGGGCAGGAUGGUGGGAGGAAACGAGGGGUGGAGUUCAAAGUUCCGGCGUACGGGCAGGGGAGUGAGCAUGGAGCGGGGGGGCGAGGAGAAGGAGGGGCGCAUGGGCAGGAGCAAGGGGCAGGGGCGCAGCAGUCACACCACCACGGGAAUUUCGCCCAUCCACAUAAGAGUUAUCACAAGGGGGAGGGGGGAGCAGGGGGAGGGGGACAGGGAGUGGGUGCACACAUGCUGGUGCCGAUGAUAAACUCGGAUCGGCAGCUGAGACGGCCGUCGCGGUCUGAGAGGGCGCUGGAUGAUCCGUUGAGGGAGAUGGAUGGGCUAGUUAUGAACGAAUAUGGCAGCAACGCCACAUUCGCCCUGGCCAGCCUUCUCACCGCAAAACUCGGGGACGCCGAGGCUCAAGCAACCGUGCCUAGUGCUGCUGCGGUGACAGCAGCAGCGGUUGCUGCGGUGGUGACCACAGAAGCUGCUUUGCUACAAAGUAAGGAGGUUGCUGGAGGAGCCAGGGCUGAACAGGGGCAGGCAGGAGGGCACGAAGGAGCGGAGAGGGCUAGGGGUGCAGAAGGCAAACCUGAAGGGGGCCUGGGAGGUGGAUCGGGAUCACUGCUUUCUGCUACUGCUGAUACUGCUGCUACUGCUGCUGCUGCUGCUGCUGCUGCUGCUGCUGGUGCUGGUGCUGGCAUCGUUGGGGGGGGGUUCCUUACAAGGGCCGCCCCUGGGGAGCAACAGGGUUCCGCGUUCACUGGUGCAGCAGCAGCGGUGGCAGCAGCAGUCGCCUCUGCAGCAUCUGCUGCAGCCAGCGCGGUGGCUGCUGCUGCUGCUGCUGCUGCUGCCGCCUCGGGAGUGCCGCGGCCUGGCGUUGUACUGAGGGAUAGCGGUGCUGGGGGCAGUGCGGCACGGGGCAGCGGUCGUGUGUUCUCCCAGUAUCCACCGUCCCAGGGUAAGUUUACAGGAGGUGGCGGUGCUGCAGAGGCGUCUGUUGGUGCCAAGUCAGAGCAGGGAUUUGCCCCGCUUCCCCUGGCGCCUCUGCCUUUCCCCCACAUGAACCCGCCCCAGUUCCCGCCCCCCUUUGCCCAUGGCAUGCAGGGGGGACCUUCCGCCCCCCAGCAGCAAUUCAGGGGAAAUGGAAACUGGUUCCCCUGCCACUUUCCCCCACCUGCGCACGUGCAGCAAGGGCCGAUGGGUGGAGGGGGGAGAGGCUUGGGCGAGGGAGCGGAAGGGAUACGUGGGAUGCAGGGGUUUGGAGGGAUGGGCAUGGGCGCUAGCGUAGGUGCUGGUGCUGCUGGUGUUUCUGCAGGGCAGCAGCAGCAGCAGCAGCAGCAGCAGCAGCAGCAGCAGCAGCAGCAGCAGCAGCAGCAGCAGCAGCAGCAGCAGCAGCAGCAGCAGCAGCAGCAGCAGCAGCAGCAGCAGCAGCAGCAGCAGCAGCAGCAGCAGCAGCAGCAGCAGCAGCAGCAGCAGCAGCAGCAGCAGCAGCAGCAGCAGCAGCAGCAGCAGCAGCAGCAGCAGCAGCAGCAGCAGCAGCAGCAGCAGCAGCAGCAGCAGCAGCAGCAGCAGCAGCAGCAGCAGCAGCAGCAGCAACAACAACAACAACAGCAACAACAGCAGCAACAGCAGCAGCAACAGCAGCAGCAGCAGCAGCAACAACAACAGCAGCAACAACAGCAGGAACAACAGCGGCAACAGCAACAGCAGCAACAACAGCAGGAACAACAGCGGCAGCAGCAACAGCAGCAGCCACCGCCACCAUGGAAAAUGUCACUACCACAGCCACAGCCACACCAGCAGCAGCAGCAGCAGCAGCAGCAGCAGCAGGAUAUGCGGAUGGGGAAAUCUAGGCAGGAGGGGAAGGAGGCGGAGAGGCCUGUAGGAGCAGGCAGAUCGGUGGAGGGGGAACAGCAGUGGCAGGCACGGCACGCAGACAGCACAGACAGGCGAGGGGACGUCGAGAAGUUUGAAGGAGCGAGGGGCCAAGGGAUUGGGAGGUCGGAGGCGAGGGAGGAAGUGCAAGGAAGUGGGGAAAGAGUGAAAGGCAGUAUGGGGAUGUCCAGGAGAGAGAGUGGGGAAGGGAGGGGGCCUGCGAGGGUAGCAGCAGGUGCGGUGCAUGGCAAUGCACCGUCUCCCCAGAAAACACUGCCCCCUCUCCUGGCCACCCCUGCCCUGAACCCCCUGCCUCCUUCGGCGUCAGGGUUGGCUGCUUCUGCUGCGACUGGCAGCGCUGCUGCUGCGAUUGGCAGCGCUGCUGCUGCAGCAGCAGCAGUGGCUUCACAGAGGCAAGUAGCUGCGCCUGUAGCUUCUGAGGAAUCGCCUGUGAAAACUCCGCUCACAGCAGUUUCCCACAAGGAGCAACAGCAACAGGCGCAGCAGCAGCAGCAGCAGCAGCAGCAGCAGCAGCAGCAGCAGCAGCAGGAGCGUGUGGAGGUGGCAGGGCGACUGGCAGGGCUGCAGGUGGGUGAGGGACGAGCAUUGCGCGCACGAGAGGAGACAGGCACAGCAGCAGCAUCAGAAGCACCAGCAGCAGCGGCACCAGGGGCUGCAGAGGAGGAGGGGCAGGAGAGGGGGGCGGGCAGUCAGGAUGGGUUGCGUACUCCCAGGAGAGUGCGCUCUUUCACCCAGACGCCAGGAGCACUUGCUGCAGGUGGCUACUGGACCCCUUCCUGUGCCCGCCAAUUCACUCUUACCACUGUCCUCAUCCAUCCCGUUUUCGCCCCUCUCCUACUCCCCUCUUCCCCGCUCCCCACCCCCUCUCUCCCCAUCUCUCUCCCAGCCUCCCCAAGGAGUUUCAACGCCCAACCACACCUAUCCACCUCGCCAACCACGCCCUACACCCCAUCCGCUCCCCCUCAGCUCUUCUCCCUCUCCCCCUUCACGCCUCUGCAAGCUGGGAAACCGUACAGCACCCAGGGCCCCCCUCAGUCCUUUACUACUCCAACUUCUGCUGCCGCAGCUGGAUCAGCAGGUUCAGGAACGUCUGCUGCAGCAGCUACGGCUGCAGGAGCUGCUAGCGUUUCUGCUGGGGCUGCUGCUGCUGCUGCAACUGGCACUGCCCGCGCAGGUGAUGCGUUGGCUUCUAGAGCUGGGCCUGCUGCAGCAGAAGCAGAAGCAGCAGCAGCAGCAGUGGGAGAGAGCGGCAGAGAGAGUAGCAUGCAGGGGAGCGUGCAAGGGCAGCGCACGGAGAAGAGGGAGGAAAGCCUCAGCCAGGGGCCACAGGGGCAGGCGGAGGACAGGGUGGGUGCGAGUGGGGAGGAGAUGCAGCGUGGAGGGUCACCGGAACGCAAGUCUGGCCUCAUGGGCCCGCCUGCUGCUCCCUCUGCUCCUGCUAGUGCGCCGACUACCCCUGCAGCAUCAAGAACCCUGUCUGGAACAACCCCUGUCAACACACCGAUAUCUGCCUCUGCAGUAGCAGCAGCAGCAGGUGCAGCAGGUGGUGCAGGGGUGAAGCGUUCUCCCGCGCAGCAAGGCCCGAGCCAGAGUCAGGGUCACCCGGUGUCACCACUCCCUCCUCCCGCCCGUCCCCCUCAAGCCUCCCCCAUGACCGCUCCUCCCCCGCGCCGCACCUUCCGAAGCUCUUCCGGCUCUACUGGGGAUGCUCCUGGUCAUCACCGGUCUCUCUCGCCUUCCUUCCGCCCGUCUCUAUCUCGCUCCUCGUCUGGCCACUCCUCUCCUCCUUCCGGCAUGCCCCAUUCUCCUCCCCACUUGCGCCGGUCGCCGAGUCACCCGCACAUGCAUGCGCAUUCAAACCAGCGGGGGGCACAUGGGCAUUCUCACCCGCACCCACACUCGUUCGGGCUGGGACCAGCAGCAGCAGGGCACGGGGCAGGCAUGGGUGGGGGGCCAGGAGAAGGGAGCAUGCACACUGAGUGGAGAGGGGGGGGACCGGAGAGAGGAGGAGGUAUGGAGCGAGGGUCGGGGAUAGAGAGGGGCAUGCCGCAUGGAUACCCCAACUCGCCUCCUCGCGGCGGGUUGCAGUUCAGCUGGCGGGUCCAGCCGUUGGCCGAUGGGCCCCGCUCACAUGGGUUUCCGCACCCGCAUGGGCAUGGGCCGGGACAUGGUCCAGGCCAUGGUCCAGCAGGAUAUGGGGAUCGGCCACCUUCCCCUUCACGUUCCCCCCACCGGCGGCCUCCCCACCUGCACCGGGGGCCAGACAACCCCAUCUCCUUCGCUGCUCCUCGCCAUCACCCGCCGCCUCCCAUGCACCCGCACCACCUGCCCUCGCAACCACCGCACCACCAGCAGCACCAGCAGCACCAGUUGCAGCAGCAGCAGCAGCAGCAGCAGCAGCAGCAGCAGCAGCAGCAGCAGCAGCAGCAGCAGCAGCAGCAGCAGCAGCAACAGCAGCGAGGGCAGCCGCCGUGGAACCCGUACUUGGGCAUGGGUCCCCCACCCCCACCCCAGCACCACCACCAGAUGCAGCCGCCGCCCAUGCCUCCUUCCCCUCCGGACUCUCCCGGGCGGCAGUACCGCUGUGCUCCUGGUCCUGGUCCUGGCCCUGGUCCUGGUGCUGGUGCGGGUGCUCCCCCUGGCGGCAUGGGCCAACGCCCCUCCUUCCGCCGGCCUGUUAGCUUCCGGCACCCGCCACCGCCGCAGCAGCAGCAGCCGCCGGCGCAGCAACAGCAGCAGCAGCCGCCGCCUCAUUUCAACAGGUGGAGAACACACGGUCCCCCUUAG